AUGGCGACGAAAGUUUACGUGAUUUUCUAUUCCAUGUACGGCCACGUGGCCGCAUUAGCCGAGGAGAUCAAGAAGGGAGCAGAGUCCGUGGAAGGGGUCGAAGUAUCCAUCUUUCAGGUUCCCGAGACUCUCUCCGAGGACGUUCUCGCAAAGAUGCACGCACCGCCGAAGCCGGACAUUCCUUCAAUUGACGUGCACAACCUUCCGGAAGCCGACUGCUUCCUCUUUGGCUUCCCCACCCGCUACGGCAUGAUGUCUGCUCAAAUGAAGGCCUUUUUCGACGCGACCGGCAGCUUGUGGAGAACGCAAGCGCUGGCCGGCAAGCCUGCCGGUUUCUUCUUCAGCACGGGCUCGCAAGGAGGCGGCCAAGAGACCACUGCGCUGACUGCUGUGACGCAGCUGACGCAUCACGGUAUGCUCUUCGUUCCCAUUGGCUACACCUAUGGCGCCAACAUGUUUGUUCUGGAUGAGGUGAAGGGAGGGUCACCCUAUGGAGCAGGCACUCUGGCAGGAGAUGGUACUCGCCAGCCCACACAGAUUGAGCUGGAGCAGGCAUUCUAUCAAGGCCAAUACACUGCUAAGAUCGCUAAGAAGCUGAAGAAGGGUUCUGAAUAA